CGGGUUCAAGACCCGCUCUGUCCUUUUCCGUCCCCAGUCGCCACAAAUAGUCUCCCCGGACGUGCGUUGGUUGAAACUGACAGGGAAUCCGGAGGCUUGUGUCCCGGGACGCGAGACUGAGGCAGAAGGAAGUUGCCACGGAAUUCGCAACCAGUUCGGUCGAUCCGAGCGAAUCAAGAGCGGCUAGGAGAAAGAAGAAAUAGAUGUUUAGGUGGUCCUGGAGGUGAGAAGGGGGGAUGGCCGCAUCCUGCCAGCAGCUCGAUGCAGGGGCGUGGAACUUCACGUCCAGCGGCUGGGCAGCAGUGCCGAGCAACAAUGCCACGGUGACUUGCAACGGCUCGGCUGAGAUCGUCGUGAGGAACCAGGUGGUGGCACGUAUCGAGGUGGCCGUGCUAGCCAUUAUCCUGAUCCUCGCCCUGAGCGGCAACAUCGGAGUCCUGCUGGCCAUCUACUCGAGCCGCCACAAGCCCUCCAGGAUCUACUUCUUCGUCAAGCACCUGAGCAUCGCCGACCUGGUGGUGGCCAUUUUCCAGGUGCUCCCUCAACUCAUCUGGGACAUCACCUUCAGGUUCUACGCGCCCGAUUUCCUCUGCAGGGCGGUGAAGUACUUACAGGUAGUGGGAAUGUUUGCGUCUACCUACCUCCUGAUCGUCAUGUCCAUUGACCGCUGUAUGACCAUCUGCCAACCCUUGAAAUCCUUGCACCAGAACUCCAACCGAUUCUUUGUCAUCCUCUCCUGGGCCAUCAGCCUUCUCUUCAGCCUUCCCCAAGCCUUCAUCUUCUCGCUCAGGAGGAUGGACUCCGGCGCUUACGACUGCUGGGGUGUCUUUGUGCAGCCGUGGGGAGCCAAGGCGUACAUCACCUGGAUCACCCUCUCCGUCUAUAUCAUCCCGGUCAUCCUGCUAAUCAUUUGCUACUCGCUGAUCAGUUUCAAAAUCUGGCAGAACGUUAAACUCAAGACCCGCAAGGAGGCCAAAGUUUCGAAAGAAAGGGUGAUGUCCCGGGUCAGCAGCGUAAAAAUCAUCUCCCGCGCCAAGAUCAGGACCGUCAAAAUGACUUUUGUCAUCGUCUUGGCUUACAUCGUGUGCUGGACUCCGUUCUUCAUCGUGCAGAUGUGGAAUGCGUGGGAUCAGAAGGCGCCUCAUGAAAACAUAGCCUUCGUCAUCACGAUGCUGCUGGCGAGCCUCAACAGCUGCUGCAACCCCUGGAUCUACAUGUUCUUCACCGGGCGGCUGUUCCACGACCUGGUCCAGCACUUCCUCUGCUGUCCCAGGCGGCCUAACCGCGUCGAGCAGCCCAGCGGGGAGCUGACCUGCAGCAAGAAGAGCAAUUCCUCCACCUUUGCCGUCAGUCUCAAGAGCUCAAGCAGUCAGAGGAGCAUCUCUCUCCAGCUGCAGCAGGGGGAGCAAUAG